GCGAUAUAUUUCUUAAACAUGGCGGCACCUUGGAGCGCCCCAGAGGUUUAUAAACACCACGAACAACACAAGGUUUGUGUUUCUCGACCAAAAUACAGAGAAGGAAGGAAAGCUCGAGCUGUUAAGGUGUACACCAUCAAUUUAGAGUCCUGUUACCUGAUGGUGCAAGGGGUCCCAGCUAUUGGCGUCAUGACAGAACUGAUCCAGCUGUGUGCUCUGUACGGUGUUGUGGAGGAGUACCGGCCCCUGGAUGAGUACCCCGCUGAGGAGUUCACAGAGGUCUACCUUGUCAAGUUCCAGAAACUCACCAGUGCCAGAGCCGCCAAACGACACAUGGAUGAGAAGAGCUUCUAUGGCGGUGUGCUUCAUGUGUGCUAUGUCCCAGAAUAUGAGACUGUGGAAGACACGAGGUUGAAGCUGCAAGACCGAAGAAGAUAUGUAUUCAGGGCUACUCAAAAUAAAGUGAGACAACAGGAACAGGAGGAAUUAAACAAGGAACUCACAGCUGACAAAACCUCAACAUCAGAGAUCGUCACCACACACUGUCAAACAUAUGACAAUGAAAAUACAGGAGAGAGUUCAAAUAUCAGCCAUUUUUCAAGUUUUCCUCCGCUCCCAUUGCCCCCUCAAGAACACUCGUCCCACAGACAAGAAAAUUUGUACGAGACUGUUCAAACCGAGGACAAGAUGGGAACGUUGCAUAAUGCAAUCGCUGAUGCAAAACAGCAGCCCAUGCAGAGUUCAAGUUCCAGCAAAAUCUGUGAUCACAUCAGACCCACAGAACACAGACUGAGCCUAAACCAGGCUCCUACAGUCAGAUUUACUGCACGAACCACACAGCUGCAGAAUAGGAAACGCAAAAUAGAAAAUUUCAUGGAGAACUCACUGAUUACUGGAACAAAUGUGCCACUGAUUGGGCCACAGCUACCAGAAUCACCUAAAUUGGACAUGGAGGAUGAGUCACUGAACACAACGGUCAGUUUGAUCAGGAAAACGAUGAACCAGGUACACCACAUUCUGAAAAACAUGCUCUUUGUUCAUGUCAUCAGUCAUUUCCAUCUUUAUUCACUGAAAAAAUGUCAUUCUCAGGUGACAUCAGUUCCUGACCUCAAACAAACAGAGAAAAAGUUGAAACCACGUCGCCGAAUUUGAAGAAACAACUUGUGCUGCUGCUGCAAACUUCUUCA